AUGUCGACAACAAGUCUUGACAAGAGCGAAGGCAUACCAGACAUAAUUCGACAAUAUACUAUCGCAAACUCAAAAAAUCGGCACGUUCACCACGUAUUUGAGCCCAGCUCAUCGAUUGCAUUAUACACAAUCCACACCGGAAACAUAAAGACGAAGAACCACAAAUACAACUUAACCAUACACUCCGGAUGUUCCGAACAGGACCCAAUCGUCGGAGCAGCUCGACUCUCGAUGAUUACCAACACCAUCAAACUAACAUUCGGCGACCCAGAAACUAAGUGCCCAAGAUGGGAAGACAUGGAGAGGAAACUCUGGGUGGGAAAGAACCAAUACAUGCUCUGCAUAGACCUUCCCACCGGCGAAAGACGUCUAUUCGAAUGGAGGAUGACUCACGACGUCCACGAUAUUCCUCAAAGUCCAUUUGCGUUCGUGAGAAAGGUGGAUGCCUUCACCUACAAGAUCGACCAUCGGCAUCUUAAGCUUGUUGAUCUGGAAUCUGGUGGUAUUGUUGCGAGGUUCAUGCAUUGUCCGCUAACUUGGCCGGGGAAGAUGGGGGAUGUGGAGAUUUUGUGUGAUCUUGGAGGCCGGAAGUGGGAUGAGAUUGUGAUUCUUAGUUCUCUUGCUAUACAGGCUGCUCAGUAG